UCCUGGCAACAUAAAAACAGCUGCGGAGGAGGAACGGUGCUGCCUUCAUUCCGGACGGAGAGUUCGCGCAGUGCAUCGUUUCUAUCAGCAUGACUCUCGAGGCUGACUUCAACGUUGCUGCGGAAAAUGUAAAAAAAUUAAAGACUAAACCCACGGAUGAUGAACUAAGGGAACUGUAUGGUCUCUACAAACAGUCUAUUGUGGGAGACAUCAAUAUUGAGUGUCCCGGAAUGCUGGACUUGAAAGGCAAAGCCAAAUGGGAAGCAUGGAACCAUAAGAAAGGUUUGUCAAAGGAAGAUGCCAUGAAUGCUUAUAUUUCUAAAACAAAUGAGCUGAUUAAGAAAUACGGAAUGUAGAAUUUGACUAGUUUGAAGAUUAGGGUAUUAAUUUC